AUGACAAUAGCACAGUAUGCUACGAGAUUCAUGAAGCUGUCUUGUUUCACCAGUUACUUAAUUCUAGAUGAGGCAAAGAAAGCUGAGAAGUUCGAGCGCAACUUAGAUCGCAUGAUCAGGGAUCGUGAUCUUCCAGGGUUACCACAGGAUAGGGAAGUGUUUGCGAUUGGUGUCAUUCUAGGAAUAGUGCCUAUAUCUAAAGCACCCUACCACAUGUCUCCAAUUGAGUUAAGGGAACUCAAGAGUAGUAGAGAGCAUGAGGAGCAUUUGAGGAUUGCCCUUGAGACACUAAGAGAAAAGAAGUUGUAUGCAAAAUUUAAGAAAUGCGAGUUCUGGUUACAAGAGAUCACCUUUUUGGGACACGUGGUGUCAAUAAAAGGAAUUUCAGUGGACUCGGUGAUGGUUGAGGUAAUGGUAAAAUGGGCCAAGCCUAGUAAUGUUAAUGAGAAUGGGAAAGUUAUUGCAUAUGGUUCCCGACAGUUGAAACAUUAUGAGCUGAAUUACCUGACCCAAGAUCUGGAACUUGCAGUAGUGGUAUUUGCUUAG